AAAAAAAAUUAAAAGAGAUGAAAAAACAACAGUCGUGAGACUUCAAAAUACAGUACUCUAUCGAUGCCAAACUCCAUCCAUUUUCCCUCUCAAUUCCUCCCAGCGGCCCUCCAGAAAUUGGUUGUGGAGAAUUGAUGGAAGCUGCCAAUUUGCAUAGCCAAAUCUUCAGUGUCUCCGGCCAACCCCUUUUUAUGACCCCUUUCUCCACUCUAUUCCGUCCCAGCCUCUCCCUUGUUCACCGCUCCCCCACCGCCGCUGCCGCUACUUUCAGGCUUUUCUCCUCCGCCUCCGCCGCCGCUUCCGCCACCACCGCCACCACCGCUACUCCGACUCAAGAAAAGGGCGUAGUAGUUCCGGAGCAAGCGAAUGUAGUACGCAAGACUCCGAGGGGGAAGGUGAACAAAGUGAUUUUGCAGGCGCAGAAUAAAGAGAAUUGGUUAGACUCCCUCUCUUGCCCUUUUCCGAAUGUACACAAGGAUGUUGGAGAUGAAUGGGUUAUUGGAGUCGACCCUGAUGCUUCCGGAGCCUUGGCCCUUUUGAAACCUGAUCACUCUGCUCAGGUUUUUGAUACUCCUCACUUGAAAGUACUUGUUGGCGGGAGAAUGCGCAAGCGUUUAGAUACAAAGUCUAUUGUACAGUUACUGCGCAGUUUUGAUGCACCGAAAGGAACGACCGCAUAUGUAGAGCAAUCAAUUCCGUAUCCGAAAGAUGGUAAGCAGGGAUGGUGGAGUAGUGGAUUUGGAUAUGGCCUGUGGAUUGGGGUCCUAGUAGCCUCUGGCUUUUCUGUUGUUCCAGUGCCAUCUACUCUGUGGAAGAAUGAGUUUAAACUGUCAGGGAAAGCCACAACUAAGGACGAUAGCAGGGAGUUAGCGUCAUCAAUGUUUCCCUCCGCAAGUUCACUGCUGAAGAGAAAGAAAGAUCACGGUCGAGCAGAAGCCUUGCUUAUUGCUGCAUAUGGUGGAGGUCUGAAACAGUGUUUCAGUUUGCCCCCUUUGGUCGAGGACAAUAGCAAAGUAUGAUUCAUAUAUAGCCAUAUAUAGCCGAUCUCACGUAACGGGAUGAAAGCGUGAUGGUGGUUAUCGUUGUCGUUAGCACCUGACGAAUUCAUCAAAACUUAAGGAAACAAUCGGCCAUGUGAAGUCCUUAUUCCUAGUGGUGUAAUGCUAACCUAAUCUAAUCACGUUACCCUCCUUUUCCCUAAUUCAACUCAAAUUUAUUGAUCGCUAAAUUUAUUGUUCCUUGUAGAUGACUUACAAACUUGCAUGAGAACAAGUGUAAAUUACAAUGAAGAAUUGAGUUUUUGACCAGCUAGCAUUCAUUUUUAAGUUUAGU